AAUAAAUAAAGAAUAAAAACAAAUAUUAAACUUGAAAGUUAAGAACUCAUUCGAAUCGAUUUAGGGUUUUUUUCAUAUAUCUCUCGAGGAAGACGACAAUGGUGUGCGAUAAGUGUGAGAAGAAGUUAUCUAAAGUGAUUGUUCCAGAUAAGUGGAAGGAUGGUGCUCGUAAUGUAACUGAAGGUGGUGGUCGUAAGAUCAAUGAGAACAAGCUUCUCUCCAAGAAGAAUAGAUGGACACCUUAUGGCACCUGUACCACGAAGUGCAUGAUCUGCAAGCAGCAAGUGCAUCAAGAUGGUAAAUACUGUCACACAUGUGCUUAUAGCAAAGGAGUGUGCGCAAUGUGCGGGAAGCAAGUGCUGGACACCAAGAUGUAUAAGCAAAGCAAUGUAUAAACAACUCCACAAGCGUUCACAUUUUAGUUUCAAUCCCUUUGAUGUCAACUUUGUAUAACUGAGACAAACUAUCUUUCUGUUAUCAUCUCACUUAUGUAUCCAUUGUAACAGUUUUCUUCGUUUUUAAUGUAACAACGAGAUCUUGUUUGUUUCA